AUGGUGGCGUGGUUGAUGUUGCAGCAGCAGCUGCCGGAGGAGAACCGCGCGCUGCGCCUCAAGGACGGCGGCACGGUAGCGGUGGCGCCGCAGGCGGCGGCUGCGGCGGUGGCGGCGGCGGCGGCCGCUGCGGCGGCGGCGGCGGCAGCGGCGGCGGCCAGCACGCGCGCGGCGCCCACGGACUCGCGGCUGGCCUGGGGUUACUUCGACGAGCGCGCCUACGUCCAGAAGGGCGCCCUGCGGCCCGGAGAGGACCCCUACGCCCGCAACAGGUUCAACCAGCAGGCCAGCGACCGCCUGCCCAGCAACCGCGACAUCCCCGACGAGCGGAGCCCUCAGUGCCGGAUGCGCAAGUGGCGGGAAGACCUGCCGCCCACGAGCGUCAUAAUUACCUACCACAACGAAGCUCGCUCCACGCUGCUGCGUACCGUCGUCAGUGUCCUGAAUCGGAGUCCAGAGCACCUUAUCAAGGAAAUCAUCCUUGUCGACGACUUCAGCGACAAUCCCGCCGAUGGAGAGGAGCUGGCUAAAAUACAGAAGGUGCGCGUACUCAGGAAUGAAAAACGCGAAGGCCUGAUGCGGUCGCGGGUGCGCGGCGCAGACGCGGCCACGGCGCCCGUGCUCACCUUCCUGGACAGCCACUGCGAGUGCAACGUCGACUGGCUGCAGCCGCUGCUGGAGAGGGUCGCAGAGGACAAGACUCGAGUGGUGUGCCCAGUCAUCGACGUGAUCAGUAUGGACACUUUCGAGUACAUCGGCGCGUCCGCCGAUCUACGCGGCGGCUUCGACUGGAACCUGGUCUUCAAGUGGGAGUACCUCAGCGCCGAGGAGCGAGCUGCACGCAAGAAGGACCCCACAGCCCCCAUACGGACUCCAAUGAUUGCCGGAGGUCUGUUCGUCAUCGACAAAGCCUACUUUGAGAAGCUGGGCAAGUACGACAUGAUGAUGGACGUGUGGGGCGGCGAAAACCUCGAGAUCUCGUUCCGCGUGUGGCAGUGCGGCGGCAGCCUGGAGAUCAUCCCGUGCAGCCGCGUGGGCCACGUGUUCCGCAAGCGCCACCCCUACAGCUUCCCCGGCGGCAGCGGCAACGUCUUCGCCAGGAACACGCGGCGCGCCGCCGAGGUCUGGAUGGACGAGUUCAAGGAGUACUACUACAGCGCCGUGCCGCUCGCCAAGAACAUCCCCUACGGAAACGUGGACGACCGGCUGGAGCUGCGGCAGCGCCUGCAGUGCCGGCCCUUCAAGUGGUACCUGCAGCACGUGUACCCGCAGCUGCGCCUGCCCGGCUCCUCGCCCGCCUCUCGCAGCAGCCUGCAGCAGGGGGCCCUCUGCCUCGACACGCUGGGCCAUGUGCUCGACGACGGCGCCGGCCUCUACGCCUGCCACAACUCGGGCGGCAACCAGGAGUGGUCGUUGACGAACGAGGGCUACCUCAAACACUACGACGUGUGCCUCACGCUGUCGGACUACAAGCGGGGCGCGCCGCUGCUCAUGAAGGUGUGCGACGACCUGGACACGCAGCGUUGGCACCAAGUGGACAACCCGGGCCUGAUCAAGCACGCGCGGCUCAGCCUGUGCCUGGAUUCGAGGGACCACACGUCCCGCGGCCUCACCGUCGAACGCUGCGACUCCCGUGCACCCUCGCAGCAGUGGCGGCUCUCCGUCAAGAGGCUGUGAUGACGGCCACCCCCGGGGGUCGCCAGGGGCCCACUGCGACUCGCCGACUACCAGGAGGACGCCGUCGCUGCCUCCAUCGCCUCCACUGCCUCUGUGACUGGCAGUUCCAACCUGUCGUCGUCCUCCUACCGUGCAGACACCACCACUGGCGGGAACUCGUCCACUGCAGGCCCGUGAUGCUCUCGCGUCAGUGGGGACACGUGUCAUGUGUGCGUGACUCUUCCCGUUGCUCACGGACCGGCACACAGCACUUUUCAUUGCUGCAAAAUAAGCUCCGUGUCUCCAGUUACCAGUGAUGGGUCUGGUGUUCAGUGACUCUGACAGCGAUCUCGGUUGCAACUCACGUUUUAUGAGGUUGCAGGAGGAACACUGCCACUGGACGCUUUAGUGGAAAGACAGUUUGGCUUUUUAUGACAUAAUGUGUAUGUGAAUGAGGGGAAAAUGUGCGUGGCAGUGCCGCAGAAAUGUAUUUGUGUAUGGAACACAGAAAGCAUGAAGGGUGUUUUGCAUUUGCUCCAUACCUGCUUCAGCAGCAAAAUGAACGCAAUAAAGGUGGGCACUGUUGUCGAAGCAAUGGGGUUGCACCUGCCCAGAACACGUAGGAGUUUUGAACUGUCAGUCUCUGAAGAUGUACAGGGUCAUGGUGGAAAAGCUAGCAGUGGCAUUCGAUGCUGGAAUGUUUUUUAAGGAAUUGCUCCUCCAUUUUUAAAUAAGCAUGUUACUUCAUACUUGUAGUUUACUACCCACUACACUGGACUAGUCCUGUACUUUCAGUGAGGGCGCAUGCUUUUUAUAUUGUGUCCACUACAGUCUUGUCUUCCAGAUUGAAUACACCAGAAAUUUUCUAGUGGCUGCAGUGCUCUCUGUACAUGUACACUACAACUUUACCCCAGUGCAUGCACACACUAUGUUCUGAAUCUCUCAUUUAUGUGAGUCUGUUAAGGAAGUGACCUGAUCCUUUUACUGGUACUGGCCUUGUGAUGGAUUAACAGAGACUUCAGUGCACUAUGGAGUGCCAUAUUUGUGCACAGGAGUUUCACCUAAGUGACUGUAAAAUGUAAAGCACUUUUAAGAUAUUGUAACAAAAUUUUAACACCUUUAUAUUUUCAUCCAUCAGUGCAUCUAGCACAGAUCGAUAAACACUUCAAAAUAUGCUAAAUUUUGAGAGCCUUCCUUGCUGAAAAAAUUAGAUUUACUUGUAGUGCCUUUCAAAUGAUCUUGUGUGAGGGGAAAGCUGUGAUAAUUUUUUUUAUCUUUCAGUGGCCUAGUUUUGAUAGUUACAAUUUUCACAGUUAAUAAAUUGUUUUAAAUGUUUCUGCUAUGGUGUCAUGUUUGUUCAUACUGUGCUGUAUUUAAUAGAACUCUGCAUCUACCAAGAAAGAUUAAACUGUUGUAAUUAUUUUACAAAUUUUUUUCAAUGCAGUUCACCUUGCAUUUCCUUACUCAGGGGAGAAAUCUCUUUUGGUACUGUCACAUUAAGUUUUUUUUCCAAGUAGUAAUUAGAAACUUCCUUAUUUUGCUAUAUAAAUUGAUGCAUUAAUUUCAGAACAUAUGUUUUGGAUAUAUCAAAAGUCAUAGUAUUAAACCACAGUCAUGUAAUCAACUAACCAUUUUCAUCAAUAUUGCCAACUUUAUUCCAGUCAAUAGACACAUACAAUAGUCAACAGAUAUAUUGUUUAUGAUGCAUGACUAAAACACAACAGCAUGCAGAAAUUUUCAUAAGUCCAUAGUGCAGUUAUGAAAAUGGUUGAAGACCAAAAUUUAUUUUGUAAAGGAUCAUUAUUUGCAGCCUACAUAUUACUUAUGGAAUGAAUUUCGUAUUGACCACUUCAUGUUAUUAGUUUAUUGUAUGAUUGUAUCAUGUUGUACUGUAAUGGCACAAAGGAAUUAGAGAUGUGGUACAGUGAGCUGUAUUAGACUUUUGUGGCAGUAUUAUAGGUAUGGUUUGAGUCAUAUGGUUUGAGUCACAUGCACACACACACACGUGUGUGUGUGUGUGUGUGUGUGUGUGUGUGUGUGUGUGUGUGUGUGUGUGUGUGUGUGAGAGAGGGAGAGAGAGAGAGAGAGAGAGAGAGAGAGAGAGAGAGAGAGAGAGAGAGAGAGAGCAUAGUAAAGUUGUUCAUUUUAAUUUCAAUAAUUAUUGAAGCUGUUCUAGGACAAUAUUUGGUAUGUGUUGUGAGAGUUAACCUUGUACUAAAAUUCAUAAGUUCCAGUGACAAGACUAACACACUUUUUUAUUAUAUAUUCAGAUUGAAAGCAGUUCAAUGGAAAGUUUUAUCAGUUGUGCUACCAUUAGUCUAAAAAUAUACUGGUGUAAGUUAUGCUUUAUUGACAUAACUGAUGCCAGAGAGCGACUACAUAACUUUGUUUAUCCAAGAAUUUGUGGAGUGCAAUGCGAAAAUUGUAAACAAAUGAUAUGAAAUAAGUUACAACAAAAUAGAUGACAUAAUACUUUGUAGAAUUUAGAAAAAUAAUUCACAUUUGAAAAAAGUACAUCCUCAAUCUUCCCUUGGUAUGCCUGAUAUCUGCAUCAGCAUCUGUAUAUGUAUAAAACAAAAUGGAAAAUCAAGAUCUUCUUCAGUAUAUUAAACAAAAUUUGGAAGUAUCAAUUUCAUAAUACUCAUGUUAUCGCUACUGGUCUUUUUUGUGGCUUUCUUCAGAUCUUCACAUUUGUACUCAUUGCAAAAUUUGAUAACAGUGAUGUAAAUCUUUAUAGUUAGAGUUAAUCCUCAGAGGAGAUUUUUGUAAUAUACAUUGCUAUUGGUCAACAUUUGACUAUUAGACUUACUCUUAAUUUUUAAUGUAAAUACUCAAUAAUUGAGUGGUUUGUCUUUAGUAAUGUUUCGACCUAAGAAGUUCAUUUAAAUUGUAAUCCAAUGAUGUUUGAAACUAAGUGUAUCAUAGAUAAUUUUAUUAUUUCAUUGAUAUGGUAAUCAACUUGACAACAAUCAGCAUUGUUGCAAACAUAAGAUGUCCUAUUUUUAAAUGAUUGUGUUAAAAUGCCUUUAUAUUCUUGUUUAAGCUAAGAAUGGAGAUUAAUAAUGUUGAAAUUUAAUAAGGUUGUGUGAUAAAUCUUCCUAUAACAAGAAUGAAUGAGCAGCAGUUGUUGAAUUUGAUUUCCUUUCCAGGAAGCCUUGAUAUCAAGUAAUUUUAUGUCAAAAAUGGAAUAUUUUAAAAUAUAGAAACGUAGUGUCAGGCAUAAAGUCCUGUGAACCUGUGAAUACUGGAAUAAAUACGUUUAAAUAAUAUUGUGUUUCAAG